AUGGCAUCAACGUAUCCCUCGUCUUCUUCUUCUUCCAGGCAAACGAAACGUUUAACUAAAGAUCAAAGAUCGUGUGUUAUACUUAUUGUUGGUAUCUGCUGUUUUCUCGGUGCUCUAUUAUUGUACAUUGGUUCACAAGAUGCGUACAAAGUCAGUACAUUGAUGAGAGGCCUCUGUCGAGUUCGAUCUGUUAAUGUAAAAUAUACGAGAUAUAAUUAUUUUCCAUGUUGGAACAUAACGGUGAUGUACGAGAAUAGAAUUCGCGAAGAAUAUAUGAUUGAAUCAACUGGUACGCGAUCAGAUCGAUGGGCAUGGAUAAAAGCAAGGAAAUAUCAGGUCAAUGAAACAUAUCCAUGUUAUCAUUCACGAAAUGAAUCAUCCAUUAUCCAAUGGGGUUGGGAAUGGACUCAACCAACAAAAUUAAAAGCUAGUAUUUCGUUCUUUUCCGGACUACUACUGAUUACUAUAGCUGUAGUACUUCUCAUUGUAAGACAACGAUUUCAAACCGAAACGAAAACUGCUGCUGAACAAACACUAUUAAACUCCGGUCAACCAAUUAUCAUCGUACAUUCGCGAGAUACUGAAACAAAGCUAUAG